CUUUAGUCUACUGCGAGUUUUCAAAACGCAACGACCACCUAUUAAAAGUAUAAUACAAUAACAUUCGCCAAACUUCCAGUGGCUUUGUUAUUAUCCACAAAAGAAAACCAACAACCAAUUUCUUUAUUUUUUUGCGGUUAAACAAAAGUGUUAAAAAUAAAAUUCCUUCAAAAUGGCUCAAAUGGUGCAAAUGACAACUGAACAAUUACAACAACUCAUAGAAUCGGUACGUGCUUCGGCAGCCGCCGCCGGUACUGUGGUGACAGAAACCAAAUCUAAAGGAAGUUUUAGUAAUUGUUAUCAUCGCUUUGGCGGUCAACGUGAUCAUGAAGCUGUUGAAGAAUUUAUUACCAGCAUAGUGACCUACAAAGAAGUCGAAUCGAUUAGUGAUGAAGAUGCUCUAAAGGGUGUUUCAUUGUUGUUCUAUGGUUUGGCCUCAACCUGGUGGCAGGGUGUGCGUAAGGAAGCAAAAUCGUGGAAUGAUGUUUUAGCUUUAAUACGUGAUCAUUUCUCGCCCACCAAACCGGCCUAUCAAAUCUAUGUGGAUAUUUUCGAUAAGAAACAAGAUGAUAAAACCGCUAUCGAUACUUUUGUGUGUCAGAAGAGAGCCCUAUUGGCUCAAUUGCCUGAGGGUAGACAUGAUGAAGAAACUGAAAUUGAUUUUGUUUAUGGUUUGCUGAAUAUCAAAUAUCGUAAACAUAUUGCUCGUCAAGAUUUUAAAACAUUCCGAGAAUUGUUGGAAAAAGGUCGUGUUAUCGAGCAUAAUAUGAUGGAAGAUGAGGCAAAUCAAAAGGGUCCCGUUAAGGGGGCCAAGGGCACUAAGAGAUGUACUUAUUGUAAUUUCCGUGGUCACACUUUUGAACAAUGCCGCAAACGUAAAAAUGCCGAUGAGGCAUCCAACAAUGGCGACUAAAGUAGCAGCAAAAAAUUGAAGAGAAUUGAUGUUAUUUUUGCUCAAAAUUUAAAAAAGUUUUUUUUUUUAAGAGUAAAUGACAUCAUUUUAAGAGAAAGAGUUUAAACUCUUUUAGUAGUAAAAUUUAUAUAGGCCACUCUUAGUUAAUUGCCUGAGAGUUUUCUAGACAAAUUUUGUAAGUUUUCUUAAUUUUAUAUAAAUUUUUUUAUUAUUUUUUUUUUUUAAUUUAUAUAAAAAUUUUGUAAAUUUAACAUAAUUUGUAUAGAUUUGUUUCAGCUUUUAAUAAGAGGUAACGCCUGCUGUAGCUUAUUAUAUAAUAAGUUUAGGCUAGUUUUACAAACCAGCUUUACACAGGCUAGGAACGCCUGGAUCUUUAGUUAGUUUAUUUCUAAAAAAUCUUUUUAGAUUUUAAAGAAAUUUACAUGCAACAAAUAAGUAAACAUAUACAAAUAAACCACAUUUUAACUUAAAAAGGUAAUUUUUCUAAAAAUUUUGAAAAUUUUUUAUAAUUUGAAAUUUUUAACUAAUUUUUUUUUGUGAAAACCCUUAAACUUACAAGAAAAAUUUUGUUUUAAGUUUUAAAGUUAUAAGAAAUUUGAAAAUUUUUUUGGAAAAAUAACCAAUCUGUUAUAUUAAGUGUUUGAAGAAAAUGGGUUUUUUUCUAAAGAAAAACUUUAAUUUUAAAGAAAAAAAAAUUUUGAAAUUUUUGUUUUAAAUCUUAAGGAUUUUAAACAAUUAUUUGAAAAUUUUUUUCUGAAAAUAAAAUUUUAGUUUUUUAUUUUUUUAAAAACUUUUGUCUUUAGCAACUAAUAUAACAGAAACCUUUUUCCCAAGGGAAAUUUUAGUAAUUUUAAAAAAUUUUGAAAAUAUAUUAUGAUAUAAAUAUAAAAAAUCUAGUUAGCCUUGACAUUUUGGCUAAAAAUUAUUAAAACUUUUAGAAAUAUUUUAAUAUUUUAAAAAAUUUUCUUAAAAAGUUUUUUUUUGCAAAAAUUUUAAAAUAUUUCUUUAAAUUUUUCAUAAUUUUAACCCAUUUUGUUUUGUCGCCUAACUUUAUUUUUUUAUAUUUAUUUGUCAUUUAUUUUUAAAAUUUUCUCUAAUUACAAAACAAAUAUACAUUUAUAUAUAUUGAGUGUUUAUUACACUUUUUGAAAUUGUACUACAAUGGCUAUGUUGUCGCCAUUCGUACAAUUGGCACGCUAGUUAGUACUUUUUUAAAAUUAACCAAAAAAAAAAAAAAAAUUAAAAAAAUACUACCAAUGGCACGCCAGCCUUAAUUUUAAAGGUUAAGAUUUGCUUUAGUGUUUCAAAAGAAAUCCUCCCAAAACUUUAAGGCUUUCUUAACUCUAAGUUUAAAAUUUUAUUAAUUAAAGUUUAUUUUUUGUAAACAAAAAAAAACUAACGACAAUAUUCUUUUAGAAAUUUUUAAUAAAAAUCUUUAUAAAUUUUCAUGAGUUAGCGCUCUUAGCGGAGGUGGGCCUUUUUAGAACUCUAGAAAGUUUAGUUAAUCUUAUAAA